AGAAAAGGAACACAGAUUAUGUCUGACUGGAAAAUACAUAGCCAAAAUUCAUAACUAAAAAUGGCAAAAAAUAUGGAUAGAGGAGACUUGGGAGACCCGUGUAACCCAGACGACAUAGAACCUGACCGUGGGCUUAUAACAUGGGAGAAAUGGGUGAAGGACCGACAACGACGAACCAAAGAGUUAGGCGAAGGCACGGGCCGCCCACCAGCGGAUUUAGUCAUGAACUUGGGCGAGAAUCUACGAGGGGAUAAGGAACGGAAGGAGGUGCUACAAAACGCGCAGGUUCCUCGCAAACUGGGAACCUGUAGGGGAUCCCUGUGGGAGCCUCCGGCGAGGCUCACCCAGCACUGCUACUGUGAGCCAGUGUACCAGGCGCACAGAACCAAGGCGGAGAUAGGCCGGCCGCCGGUCAUCGAGCACAUUGGAGUACCACGAGCCAUUAUGGUGGAGGAGAAGGGCGUGACUGGAACCCCUGAGCGUAAGCUGUGCGAGAAACUCGAUGAAGGUUACAAGCGCUAUCGGAAUAUUCGGGAAGAGAAAUUCAAGAGUCAAAUAAAGAAAAUUGACCCUUUCAGGCCACGUUUAAGCGGGUUGAUCGUGAAAGGGAAAAAGCCGGAACCUCCGCCAGUAAAGCCCCCUCUGCCAACGAUCACAAUAACCCCGCCUCCACAAGCCUGUGCGUGUGAAGAGGAGUCAGGCAUCUUCGCACUGCGCAUCAACAACUCUGUCUUCAUUAAGAAUGAGCGGAGAGUAACUGUGCUCUCCCGUAUGAGGGAGGAACCUUGGUACGAGGACUGUACCUCCUGGCACUACUACUUCAAUGUCCCCGAGAGAAGACCCGGCAGGGCCAAGCUUUUCCUCCACAAUUUAGGCACCGUUUCCAUUAGAUACUGUUGGAAGAAAGUAAAUAAACCGAUCCCCUACGUACCAGAAGACAUGUAUGAGCAAGCCUUCUUCUUCAAUAAAAAUGAGGAUGUCCUGUACCCCGGUGAGACACGCGACUUCUGUUUCACGUUUGUGUCUGAAAAACGCGGUAUAUUCAACGAGGUCUGGGAAUUUAGUACCAUCAACGUUCACUUUUUAUAUGAUUCGUCCCCCAAGUUUACGAUAAUUCUCAGCGGAGAUGCUACAGAUAAUAUUCUAACCAAUACGACCAGAAUUCAAAAACUGCAAUCUCGCCUUGAAUCAAAAGCGAACAAGUUCUGCAUUGCUAGGAAAAUACUCUUGGACAUAAUAGACCAAGCUACUACAGUAGAACCACUGAUCUAUCCCUACAAAAACAUGUUUGUAGAGGGAGAUAUUUUUGUGGUAAGAAAUCCUAUAUACUAUUACCAUCAAUCUGAAGUGGAGCAACUGAAACAGACGUUUAAAGAAAUGGCUCCAGGUGGAGAAUGGGAUCUGUACGUAGCUAGUUGGAGAAGUGUGAUGAAGGAAAAGAUGUAUGAACAGAGGAUGCAGUACUAUGACCUACUGAAGAAGUCUCACAAGGCGAUGCUGAAACCUUGGAUUGAGGAUGAUAGUCUCACAGUCCAGAAACAUUCCAUUGUCAAAAUAAUACUCAGUAGACUUGCUGAUGAGUUUGACAAGGAACAUAAGGCUUUAUCGCUCUUGUACAAUGUAGUUGGAAUGGACAGUGUAUCCGCCGUAGAAAAUUUGCAUAAUAAGUAUGUAGUCAGCAUGAAGAGUAACGUUUUUUACAUACACAUGCUGGAACAUGUUGGAAAUACGAUAGAACUUUGCGCGGGCGCUUUAAGUAGCCUAGAUCGCAACAGAUGGAUCGAUAUUGAUUUCUGUACACAGGACAAUAACAAUGAGAUUAAUCGAUCGAAGUCACAGCUAUUUGCAGCAACAUUGCCUAGCACAUCUAGCAUUAAAAAUGAAUCUAUCUAGAAUAAAAGAACCUACCUAUAAAACAUAAAAAUCUGAUUAAGUAAUAUUUGAAUAGAAACAACUAAUGUAAUAACGUAAUAAACCUUCUGCAUUGGC